AUGGCUGAUGACUUCGAGAGUUCGAUACUUCAGCCACUGCAACAAGGGAAAAUGACACUCGAAACGGUCGACCGAGCAGAACCACAAAGAAAAAUAAUUCGAAAUGAAGAUCGCUAUGGAUGCUGGACAUGUAGACCGAGAUUUUUACAGGUGUUUAACAGCAUUAGGUGGCACGUGUUUUGGCAGUGUGUGUUUAAUUUCUUCGAGGGCUUCAUCGUGAACGGUGUAAUAAAUGUCGUCAUACCGUCCCUGGAGAAGCGGUACGAGAUGUCCAGCUCUCGUUCUUCCAUUAUCGCUAGUGCUAACGACUUUGGUGCUUUAGUUGUGCUCAUCUUCAUCAGCUACUACGGAGGCCAGAGGAACAAGCCACGUAUCAUGGCAGCUGGGGUGUUUCUCAUGUCCUUAGGGAGUCUCAUAUUCUCCCUGCCACAGUUCGUUGGAGACGAAUACAAAUACACCGUCUCGAGCGGAACCAACGGAACACAAAAUCUAUGUAUGUCGGGAAAAGGUAAUACUUCGAGUGGCGCUUGCGAAGACGGAACGUCUAACAGCUCUGGAUAUGAUGGUUACUACGCGUGUUUUUUAAUUGGUCAAGCGUUUCUUGGAAUUGGAGCUAUCCCAAUGUUUACGAUCGCACUGACGUAUAUCGACGACAACUGUAAACCGAAACUGACGUCUUUCUAUAUAGGAUGUACGUUUAGCUCGGCGGCUGUGGGUGUUGCUGUCGGGUAUAUAGUCGGAGGUCAGACGCUGUCGUAUUUUGUAGACGCUGACAAAGUGGACAUUUCCUCUGUUCCCCUGACUCCGGCAGACCCUCAAUGGGUAGGAGCUUGGUGGAUUGGAAUACUGAUAUCAUUCUUCUCGUUCCUGUUGAUUGGUUUCCCUCUUCUUGGAUACCCCAAAGAACUUCCAGGCCAUGAUCAACUACAGAAACUGCGCAGGUCCGAAGCCCACAACAACGAUGCUAACGAAAUGACGACUAGACCCAACUUCGGCAAGUCUUGGAGGGACUUCCCGAAAUCUUUUUAUCUAUUGGUAAGAUUUGGACCAAGCACAACGGAGUGUGUCCAACCCAAACAGAGAUCCCUCGCCAUCGGAGUGGAGUUGUUAGUAGUAAGAUUGUUAGGGACAACGCCAGGACCAAUACUAUUAGGGGCAAUAAUAGACAGCGCAUGCUCUGUAUGGCAGGAAAGUUGUGGAAAAACCGGAUCCUGUUGGACUUACCGGAAGUUUGAUCUUGGUGUUCGUCUUGUCGUGUGGUUUGCAGCAAUCAAACUAAUGGGCGCCAUAUUUGCUAUGAUUGCUUACAAAGUUUACGUUCCACCUCCUGUUGAUGACGACACGGUUGUGGCGGUUCCGUCCGUUGCUGCAAAUGUGGACAAUAGCAAAAAGGAUGAAUCAACUAGAUUGUGA